CAAAUCCAAAGCUAGCGAAGAAUCCACACAGGAGAGAGAAAGAGAGAGAGAGAGAGAGAGAGAGGAAAGAGAGGAGAAGGGGCUGCUGCUUCUGCUUCUGCUUCUCUCAACAGCUGAAGCCACAACGGUGGCUGCAAAUCCCGGCGUCGAAGGCGAAGGGGAGUCGGGGGCGGCUCAGCGCCUCCAUUCUUUCUUCUCGUCGGUGCUCUCGAGCAUCUUCUUUGGGCAGCAGAGCCAGGAACAAGAAGUAAAAGGAGGAGAAAGAGGAGGAGGAGGAGGAAUGGCCUCAAAGCAUCACAACGCAGUCGCUCCGCUGCAACCGAGAGGGGGGUUGGUUCCGACAGGGAAGCAGAAGGCCGCGGCAGGGGCAGAUGCGAAGAACCGGAGAGCGCUCGAAGACAUCGGUAAUCUGGUUAACGUCCGCGGUGCUGAAGGGAAGCCGCAGGCGCAGAUCAAUCGCCCCAUUACUCGAAGCUUUGGUGCUCAACUGUUGGCACAUGCGCAAGCUGUCGCUGCUGUCACAAAGAAGCCUGUAGCUGUUCCCGCCGAUGGAGCAGUAGGAAAAGGUGGCGCGAAACCGGCCAACAAGAAGGCUCCCACUGUUAAGCCUAAGCCCGAAAACGUUAUCGAGAUCAGCGAUGACAAGAAAGAGGCGACGAAGCAGGUGUCGACUACGACGACAACAGCAGCAGCAGCAGUAGCAGCUAAUGUCGGUUCUCGCGGCAAACCUUCUCGAAAGAAAGUCCACACUUUCACUUCUGUACUCACCGCGCGCAGCAAGGAUGCUUGCGGGUUAACUGGGAAACCGAAAGAGUUGGUACAAGACAUCGAUGCGUCUGAUGCCGAUGACCAGUUGGCUGUUGUGGAUUACGUCGAGGAUAUCUACAAGUUCUACAAACUCGCUGAGCAUGAGAGCCGACCCCACGACUACAUAGACUCUCAGGUAGAGAUCAAUGCCAAGAUGAGGGCCAUCCUCGCCGACUGGAUAAUCGAAGUGCACCAUAAGUUCGAACUCAUGCCCGAGACCCUGUACCUCACGUUUUAUGUUAUCGAUCGGUAUCUCUCGAUGGAGAUGGUGCCGAGGAGGGAGUUGCAGCUUGUGGGUGUCGGUGCCAUGCUUAUCGCUUGCAAGUACGAGGAAAUAUGGGCUCCCGAGGUCAAUGAUUUCAUUUGCAUAUCAGAUAGGGCAUAUACCAGGGAGCAGAUACUGGGGAUGGAGAAAACAAUUCUGAACAAGCUGGAAUGGAACUUGACCGUUCCGACGCCGUAUGUGUUUCUCGUGAGAUUUCUGAAGGCUGCUGCCAGUGAUAAGGAGAUGGAGCAUAUGGUCUUCUUCUUCGCCGAACUGGGCUUGGUGCAAUACCCAAUGAUCAUGUAUUGUCCAUCGAUGUUCGCUGCUUCCGCAGUCUACGCGGCCCGCUGCACGCUGAAGAAGGACCCUUUCUGGACCAAGACGCUGAAGCGCCAUACUGGCUUCUCCGAGCAGCAGUUGUUGGACUGUAGUAAGAUCCUGGUGAACGCACACGCAACCGCAACGGAGAGCAAACAAAAGGUCGUGUACAAGAAGUACUCCCACGAGCAAUUCGCAGCCGUGGCUCUGCAGCCUGCGGCGACGAAAACGAUGGAGGAGUUGAAGAAAUCGAUCGAGUGAUCGUGGGUUGUUUUCUGUUCUUCUGUUGUGGUUUCGCAAGACUUUGAUAAUUCGUUAUUUUGUUUGUUUCGUCAUGCUUUCGAGUCUACAAGAGAAUCAAUCAUCUCAGUGAUGAUAGGAAUUAAGGAUGUGUGUGUGUGUUGUUCUGUUUCCCAGGUGUGCAUACUCUAUUCCCAGGAGUAUGGUGUAUCCCCCAGUUCAAUUUGUUCUGUUUCUGAGGGUGCACACUCUACCCAGUACAUUUUACAAUUUAUCGAAUUGUCGAUUUGAUUUGC